GGGGUGACCCCACUCGUGUCUGUGCCAUGUCCAGGGGCUGUGGCUGCAGGGACCAGCCCAGCCCAGGGCACAGGAUGGUUCCUGGGUGGGACAGGGCGCCCCGUGGUGUUCAGGGACCCUGGCACACCCAUACACAGGAGUCCUCCCUCUGCCCUUACCCCCAAGCCCACAGGUGGGGAGUGGGUUUCUCCUGCACGUCCGUCCGUCCCGGUGGUGAGUCCGUCCGUCCUCUGCCCACCACAGGCUCGCCAUGGCCCUGCCCCGCACGCUGGGGGAGCUGCAGCUGUACCGGGUGCUGCAACGAGCCAACCUGCUGGGCUACUACGAGACCUUCAUCCAGCAAGGGGGGGACGACGUGCAGCAGCUCUGCGAGGCGGGCGAGGAGGAGUUCCUGGAGAUCAUGGCGCUGGUGGGCAUGGCCACCAAGCCCCUCCACGUCCGCCGCCUCCAGAAAGCCCUGCGUGAGUGGGCCUCCAACCCGGGGCUCUUCAGCCAGCCCGUUUCGGCCGUCCCGGUCAGCAGCAUCCCGCUCUUCAAGCUCUCUGAGACUGGCGGGCGCAAGGCGCUCAGCAACGGGCACGCCAGCCCCGGCGAGGCCGCGGGCAAGGGGAGCGGCAGCGCCGGGACGCCCCCGGCCCGCAGCCCCACGGAGCCAGGGGAGAAGCUGUCACCGUCAGCGGCUCCGCCGUGGCCGGGAAGGAGCACCCCCGAGUCGGAGGGUGGUGGGGAUGAGGAGCCGGGGGUUCCUCCCUUCUCCCCGGGCGGGAGCAGCGGGGAGCAGGCGGUGGGCACGGAGCUGGAGCCGGAGUUGGCACGGACGGUGGUGGAGAGCGUGGAGCGGCUGCUGCAGAGCUGCCCCCGGGGCGGCGAGGCCGAGCUGAGGGCGCUGAUGAAGCUCAACAAGAAGCUGGCCAAGACUGUGGGGCACAUCUUCCAGCUGGAGGAUGGUGACCGGCAGAAGGAGGAGGAGAUCCGCCGGCACAGCGCGAUCUACGGCCGCGGCGAGGCCCGGCGCCGCGAGGGCAAGCAGCUCACCCUGCACGAGCUCAUCAUCAACGAGGCGGCCGCCCAGUUCUGCCUGCGGGACAACUCGCUGCUGCUGCGGCGCGUCGAGCUCUUCUCGCUGUCACGGCAGGUCGCACGGGAGAGCACCUACCUGUCCUCUCUCAAGGUCGCCAGGGCCCAUCCCGAGGACAGCGGUGCCAUCGUGGCCAAGCGGCUCAAGCAGGAGGCGGGAGAGCAGAGCCGCCCUGAGCUCCUGGCGCUGCCGGUGGGGCUGGAGCCUCCCGGGGCCGGGUACCGACCCAGCUUGGAGGAGGACACGGGCAGCCUCUCCGGGGAGAGCCUCGAUGGCCACUUGCAGGCGGCGGGUGCCUGUCCCCGGCUGACCCCUCCGCCCGCUGCGGCCCCGGACGUGCCCCUCGGCCUCGCACCCCACGGGCUCUGGAGCCGCCACAUCCUCCAGCAGACGCUGAUGGACGAGGGGCUGCGCCUGGCCCGGCUGGUGUCGCACGAACGCGUGGGGCGGCUCAGCCCCUGCCUGCCGGGGAAGCCCCCCGGACCAGAGUUCGAGGACGGGCUGGCAGAACGGGGUCCGCCGGCCCCCCCAGACCCCCCUCGGGGCACCAUCAAGGUGGAGCAGGAGACCAGCAGGCAGUGAGGCCCCUGUAGCCCCCCCGCCACUAUUAACGAAGCAAUAACGUGCUGGGGGACGGGUGCGGCGGAGCUCCGGGCCCGGGGAGUUUGGGGUGGGGAGGGGUCUCAGCCACAGCCCCCCCCCCCCCCCCUCCCGGCUCCCUCCCGUCCCACACCGACGCUCUGGUUACCUCAGCCGCGGCGGGAUGCGAUUCCCCGCAGCAGCAAUACCCUCAUCCCGCCCGGCUCCGCGCCCCCCGCCGCCCCCCAGGGCUGGGGAGCCCUCGAUGGACUGGAGCCCCCUGUACAGCCCCCUCCCCUCUCCCGGUGCUGACCGUCCCCGUCACCGAGCGGGGACAGACGCGUCGCACUGUGCGCUCCCACGUCAGCGCUGCCGCCCACGCCGGGCACACGGUCCCCCCCCCACCCGCAGCGCCCACGCAGCAGCCGCCAGCCCCC